UGCAUCAGUGCGAUUUGCACAGCGGAAAACAUUUCUCAUCUGCAGCAUUCACCAUAUGCGUGAUCAAGAAUUAAAUCUAUAACGGGCGGCCGUUUAAACGUUUUGUUCAAGGUUGUUUCAUUUAAAUGUUUUACAGUGCCAAGAUGAAAUCGUUGCUCUUUGCAUGCGUUUCUUUUGCAUUUUUGGCGUCAGUGAUAUUUGCCGGAGGAACCCAAAACAGCCUGAGAUGCUUUACAUGUGUUGGGUUUUACCAGCGUAGCUGUGAGGAUCCUUUCGACAACAUAACGUAUAAUCUGUAUCCUUCAUGUGCCCAGUGCUCAAAAGCAUCCGUUGAGAUGGAAGGAAAAAUGUAUAUAGAGCGGAAAUGCCUGGAAACGAAGUCAGGCGACGACGGAUGUAAACGUAACGCUACACACUGGGAGUGCCUGUGCUCCGAUGAAUCCGGAUGUAACGGCCGGAACUCUUUGGUACCUGAGGGGGCAGCCUAUUCUGUGGCAGCUAGUGCAUCCGUAGUGAUGCUAUCGGCAUUUAUGGCAAUUCAACAUUUUGUAAUGCAAUUACUACUCACAAUCUUAGUCACAAACUUAACAUAUAUUUGAUAUGUAGUUAGCUCCCUUAAUAAGAAGCGAUAACGUACUCAAAAAGAUGAAAUUAAGCUACAGCUGCGUAUUAUAUUUAAAUAUGUUUUGCUUUUUUAUUUUGAAAAAAAAAUCCUGCAAUAUCUUAAUAAAUUUCUAUUACUUUUA